AUGAACUACCUCCAGACCCCGUUCCAAUACGCGAUGCCGAUGGAUCAGCCUAUGGGUUAUGGCAUGCCCGUCUCACACCAUCCCUAUGACCAGCCAAUGGAUCAAUGCUACAUUCCUUACCACCAGAAUGAUAUUCAUGGCUUCUACACAACCGGUGCCAUCGAGGAAUAUGAGGAAUAUGUGGAGAAUCUGUCACGGCCCCGUUUGACGAAGGAACAGGUUGAGAUUUUAGAGUCACAGUUCCAAGCUCAUCCAAAGCCCAACAGCAAUACGAAACGGCAAUUGGCCCUACAGACAAGCUUAACCUUACCUAGAGUUGCGAACUGGUUCCAAAACCGAAGAGCAAAGGCCAAGCAGCAGAAACGACAAGAAGAAUUCGAGAAGAUGCAAGCCAAAGAGAAAGCCAUUGCAGCCGAGGAAGCAGAGAGCAAACAAUCCUCAGAGAGCUCUGAUGAACAACAAAAGUUAGAGCAGGACCAAAAGAGCUCGAUGUCCACGCCCACAGACACUCAUGGAGCCUCUUCAAGUUGUAGUGAGCAAGAAGAUCAUGGGUUGCAAACUCCUGCGGAUGAGAAACCAGAACCUAAGUUUGAGAUUGUUGGACACCGUACAGAAGCGCAAGUGGAAAUCCCAAGCUCAGAGCCAGCCAAAACGAUCCCUAGCCCCCCUCUAAAGGACAACCAGGAGAUGCCUGGGACUAUGACUACUGUGCACAACAACACUGUUCAGCCCUCCUUUUCCCAGCCCGAAACCAACAGUCAUUUCCAGCAGUGGGCUUCAACUGGCGUUCCUCAGAUUGGAGUUAAUGUUGGCUCUGCGGAUGCACAUACAGUUUCAACUGCAGCUCCCGUUAUGGAGAUCGACUCCAAUGGUUACUGGUCCCCGGAUUCUAGCGGCCUUGUCAGCCAGCCAUAUACUGAGCUCUUGUGUAACAACAGCUCGCCGGAAGAUCUCUCUUGUCAAGUUCAGCCAACUACUACAGCAUUCACACAAUCUUUUAUGCCAUCAGAGUUACCACUAUACUCUUCGCAGAGUAUUGUCAACCAGCGACAGGUUUCCCUGUCGAUGGAGCAGGGAGAUAUCUCUCCUAGCAGCGGCCCCAACUCGGACCCUGAAUCAACCCAUUCUGAAGGACGACAACUACCUCGACUUCACAUCUCAACAUCCGAUAAUGCAAUUGGCCUUGCCGCGCGAAGAAAGCGCCCACGCCCUGCUGCCAUUGGAACCUCAGGCUUCGGCCGUCCCGUCGGCGGUCCUGUCUCAGGAUCACCAACCCGAAGGGUGUCCAGCGCUGCCUGGAGUGGAGUGCGAAAGUCGUCGCAGCUUGCCGAGCUGAGCCCUAGAUUCGGUGGAAUGAGAAAGAUCUCUGGUUCCCCCAGGUCGCCUUUCCCCUACUCUUUGGAAGGGAAGGCACAUGCUCUAUCCAACACAGACUUGGCUGUGCCUCCAUCAACCACCUCUUCUAUACCCCCAGCCACUCCCAUGACACCCGAUGAGAUGCAGUAUCUCCUCCCACCAACACCAAUUGACAACCAUUACUGCCUCUCCCCACAGGAGGAGAUGGGGUACUCCCAUUCCUUCCCAACGUCCCAGUCAAUGACCUUUGAUGAAAGCCAGGAGUCAAAGAGACAACCACCGCCAUUUGUAAUGGUUGGAAUGUCCCAUCCUCAGUCAUUCCAGCAAUUCACAGAGCCUAUGUCAGCGCCUCCCAACUUCACCACGUUCAACGAACUUAUUCCGGGUUGUGGGCAACAGCAACAACAGCAUCCACUAAGCUCAUCUGAGGCUGAGGCAUCUCUCAAUGUUAUUCAUAUGCCUCGACCAACACACAUUUCCCCCAUUGCAUAUGACGAUCAGGUACAGAGUGAACACGUAGAGGAGCCCGCCCCCACUGAGGAAUGGCAAGGUCGGGGUCAACAGUCAUCUACACAAUCCACAACUGGCCCAAACUCGCCUGUCUCAGAGUCUAGACAAGCUUAUAACUCUGCUGGUAAGCCAAACACAGAGUUCUAUAUCCAAGAGUUUCCCCAACAAAACGAAGUCAUGAAGGUGGCUGCACAGCAACUACCACCGCAACGAGCACGGACAUACACCUUCACUAACCAAACCCCAAAUGACUUUUACCGCACAGCCAUUUUUCCACCUGUAUAA